GGCGGUAAUGUAAAAUCUGGGCAAUGUGUUUUAUGGGUUCAAAGGUGAAAGUUGACUCUACGACCGUAGUACGUUAGCCAACAAUGGCAAAGCAUCAUCCAGAUUUAAUCUUCUGCAGAAAACAAGCUGGUGUUGCAAUCGGGAGGCUUUGCGAAAAAUGUGAUGGCAAGUGUGUCAUUUGUGAUUCGUAUGUGAGGCCGUGCACCCUGGUCCGAAUCUGCGACGAGUGCAACUACGGCUCCUACCAGGGACGUUGCGUCAUCUGCGGAGGGCCGGGAGUGUCGGACGCCUACUACUGUAAAGAGUGUACCAUCCAGGAGAAAGAUCGAGAUGGCUGCCCUAAAAUUGUGAAUUUAGGAAGCUCAAAAACAGAUCUGUUCUAUGAGAGGAAGAAGUAUGGCUUCAAGAAGAGGUGAAGACACCAGUCUUCAUUUUUAGUCAGUCAAAUAGUAGUUCUGCCAACUUCUCUUUUAUGUUUUUGGCACACACAAAAAAAAAUGUGACCUUAAUUUGCUACAUAAUUUCAAUAAAAACAUUUUUUUUUA